UUUUAGAAACGGGAAAACCACUUUGCUCGAAGUCGCCCGAGAUGUUCCGAUUGUCAACCGGUGCAAACAUAAAUUAGUCCGUUCCCGAUUAUGUAAACAAUUAAACAGAUGACCAUCUUUACAGCUAUACCAUGGAAGCUGUACGAGGAUGGCAGCACAAGGUUCUGGGUGCACUACGGUCUAGUGAUAUUGGGGUUUGUCCUUGCUGUCAUUACAAUCAUUGCUCAAUGGGCAAAACCAGCACCCUAUGGCAAACAUGAAGCAAAUGAUGCAAACUGGGGACCUAUGAUACAUCAAAGACUUGGGCAUAUAUUUUCUGAUGCUUUGCCUGGAGUUCUAAUGUUUUUAUUGGUUUUUUUCUUUUAUGGAAGUAAAAGAGAACAUACAAAUUAUAUUUUCAUGGCAUUAUGGCUUACACAUUAUGUCCACAGAGGAAUUUUACAUCCAAUGUUGAUGAGAUAUAGGAGUAAAAAAGUAGCUUUGGGAAUAACGCUUGGAGGCUUUUUUCCAAACUGUCUUUUCCAUUUCUUAAAUGCAGAUUUUGUUGGAAAUGCAGAUUUUGUAGAAAAUUAUUAUUAUGAUCCUAGAUUUAUUAUAGGGAUCUUGCUAUAUGUGUUGGGCUACAUUAUAAAUAGAUGGGCAGAUCAUAAAUUAAGAUCACUUCGAGAAACAAAAGGUGAAGAUGGUUGUACAGGAUAUUACAUACCCUAUGGUGGUCUGUUUGAACUGAUCACAUGUCCGAACUAUUUUGGUGAGCUAGUUGAAUGGCUAGGGUGGGCACUGGCUACAUGGUCACUGGCUGGGCUAGUGUGGGCCCUGUUUUCUGCAGCAACAUUUAUACCACGAUCAUGGCAUAAUCAUAACUGGUACAAACAACAAUUUGAGCAUUAUCCUCCAAACAGAAAGGCCCUUAUCCCAUGGGUGUAUUAACAGAGAUUGGAGAAGUUUAACAGACUUUGAUCAAAAUUUUAACAUUGAGUCGUGCUUAGAGUAUUUUUCAAACAGUAACACUAUUCCCUUUGCCGCAACUGCAUUUAUCUAUGUGACUAGGCAGACCAUGAUCAGAUGGCACACUCAUGCCAUCUGAUCAUGGUCUGCAGUGUUCACUUUUCAGUCAGUACUAAUAUUGAAACUUUGGUUAUUCUCAAAAAUUACAUAUAAUUUGUCAAAACAUGUUCCUUACUGUACUCUGUUAGUAUCAGUUAAUGAUGUCUCUUUCUGUACUAUGUUAAUGACCAUUUUUCCAUAUAAUUUGGUGCUUUAUCUUUAUAUAAUAAUAUAUUUUGAAUGUUGUCUUAUAUAUUUUAAUUAUCAUCUUUGUUUAAGACCCCAGUGUUUUAUGUCGUUAUGAAAGUAUAUAAUUUAUUUUGUCAAUAAAAUGUUGCACCUGACCUACCUCAAACCACCUAUUCUGUUUUGUCUAACUUUUAGGAAUGCAUGGACUACAUACCCCAGAUUUUCAAAUUUUGAUUUCUCGUUGAAGAUCCAGUUUUACCAUAAACCUAAAUGUUAAUGACAUUGUUGAAGGCUUAUGUCACAAUACUGUUUCCUCGUGUUUUGCCAUGAACUGAAAUUGUUAUAAAAACAUUUUCACAGUCCAAUUUUGUCCAGUUUUGCCAUGAACCUUUUAAAUAUCCUUUAUGGCUUAAGCUGAGAUUGUUCAGAAGAAGCAAUGUUUAUAUUUAAUAUUUGAAUAUCAAUUCUAAACUGUAUAGAGCAUGGGCCAGUCUUCUAGCUAUUUUUUGUGGUAUAGCCAGAGACUGAAUUCAGAACUGUAUGUUACUAUGAAGAGACAAAUUUAUUUCUUGUACGAGGAUUCAUUUUUAAUGCUACAUAAUUUUAACUGACUCCAAACACCAGUGUUUGUUUUCACUUUAUUGGGAAAGUAGUGCAAUGAAGAAAAUUAGGUGGGGGGGGGAGAAAUGCAUAACAGUCAACUCGUGAAUUUUGAAAUCUUUUGGGUGAAAAAGAGGAUUUAUUUUCAUAACAGAUCAAUCUAAGGGGAAAACGGUUAUUCUAUUAUUUAUUUAAUAAGACUGUUAUUCAAUAGUAACUUUUAUGUGACUAAUUUUAUCACAAAUUUUACAUGACAGUAAUUCUUCCAGGAGCUGUUAUAUGUCUCUAAUUCUACCACAGACUGUAUCUAGCUUGCUUGAAAUCUUUGACAAGGAAAAUACCAUUUUAAUACUUUUAAAAUGCUCAAAUUUUAUUUGUGACUUAAAUGUAUGAGGUAUAUAUUAUAGUAUAUUAUUGUUUUGUUAUUAAAAU